AUGCCGGAAAGGUCAGUUUCCCAGCUCGAUGGGUCAAAACAAGGUCUGAAGGUUGUCACUUUUGAGAAGACGCCUGUGAUGAGCACAUACCUUUUGGCCUGGGCAGUUGGAGAUUUCGAAUACGUCGAGGCCAUGACGAAGCGAGAACACAAAGGCAGACGAGUUUCAGUCAGAGUAUACACUACCAGGGGAAUGGCGCGCUACACUCACUUUGCCUUGCAAGAUGCUUGCGACGCUUUGGACUUUUUCGCUGAGACCUUUGGUGUCGAUUAUCCUCUGCCCAAAUGUGACCACGUGGUAGUACACGAGUUCAUCUCUGGCGCUAUGGAAAACUGGGGGAUGAUCACGUAUAAGCCCACAAAGAUACUCUUCGAUCCAACCACUUCUGACAACAGGCUGAUGUCCAAGGCCUCGUAUGUCAUUGCACACGAGCUGGCUCAUCAAUGGUUCGGCAAUCUGGUUACUAUGAGUGGUUGGAACGAACUGUGGUUGAACGAAGGCUUUGCGACAUGGGCAGGGUACCUCGCAGUUGAUCAUAUGCAUCCAGAGUGGAGUAUCUGGGGCCAGUUUGUGGACGAAGCGAUGGAAGAAGCCUUUGCAGUUGACUCUUUGAGAUGUAGCCAUGCUAUAGAGUCACCUGUUAACGACGAAAUCAACGCACAACAGAUGUUUGACAGCAUCAGCUAUUUCAAGGGAAGUGCUGUCAUCCGCAUGCUUGUCAAUCAUCUUGGCCGAGAUGUCUUUCUAGCUGGUAUCAGCUCUUAUCUCAAAUGUCGGUCGUACGGAAACGCUACCUCAGAUCAUUUAUGGCAAGCACUGUCUGCUGUCUCCGAUAUUGAUGUAAAAGAACUCAUGAAGGGCUGGAUCUAUCAAGCCGGUUAUCCCAUUGUCAAAAUUUCCACCGCCUCGAAUCAACUUCAACUCAGACAAAGGCCGUUUCCACGAAAUUUGCAAGGCAUUGACAAAAGCAUAUGGGAAGUGCCGCUUGGUAUGGCCACAUCCUCGCCUGAGGAUUCGCGUUCCACAAUCAACUCAGAAUCCUGUAUGCUGAAGCGGCGGACCCCGCUGCCAAAGCUCAACAGAGAUCAUACUGGGUUCUAUCGGUGUGAAUAUCCUCGGGACCAUUUAUUGUCCUUGACCGGAUCAUUUGCCAAUCUGUCCGCAUUGGACAAGGUGGGAAUUAUCAGCGAUACCCGUGCCUUGGUGCUGGCCGGCCAGAGACCAGCUUCCGAAUUAUUGGACUUGCUUCUAAGCUUCAAACACGAAACUGACUGUUUCAUUUGGUCUCAAAUACAGAAGUCUGUCUCGAUACUACAUUCGGCUGUCACUGAUGACAAAUUGAUCUGCAAAGCCCUCAAAAGCUACAUCUCUCAACUCAUAAAUCCAACCAGACGUUUCACCAACUUGACUGGGGAUACUGAUAGCUACAUAAAAGGUGAACUGCGAAAGACACUUGUACAGCUUGCCGUGAAGUCUGGUGAUCAGAAUGUACUUGAUGAGGUCCAUCUGAGGUUUUGUCGCUGGAAGGAAGGCGACACGAAAGCGAUCGACCGAAACCAUCUGAGUUCAAUCUUGAACGUAGCCGUUUCGCAGGGCGACGAGCUAGAAUACAAAGCCGUCAAGGCGGAGUAUCUGAAAAAUCGAACUAUUGACGGACGUGAGAUCUGUAUCGCGGCGAUGGGAAAAACAGGCGUUCCUGCCAUGGCCCGAGACUUCCUCGACAUGACCUUCUCGUCGGACGCUCAUGUGGAGCUGCAAAACAUCCACUUUGUUGGCAACGCCUUGAGCAACGGGCCUUGUGGCAUGGAAUUGUGGAAGUAUGUGAGAAGUAAUUGGGAUAACGUGUACAAAAGGUUGAGUGCCAACAACACUGCUCUGGAGUGGUUCAUUGAAAAUUCCUUGUGCGGGAUCGACGAUGCUGAAGUGGGACGAGAUGUUGUCCAAUUUUUGGAGGGAAAGAAGAUUCCAGAACUUGACCGUCCGAUGCAAAUAGUUCGGGACAGCAUUGAGCAGAAUGUAGCCCGAAAGGGUCAACUACGGCUGGAAGUGACACAAUGGCUGAGCGAGAAUAUGCUCCCCUAUUCAGAGGACGAGGGGGGCGAGAGUCUCACACAUCGACUGUAA